AUGGGUACAAGAAUGUUGCAGCGGCUAGCAUCGCCGCUAUUCAUAAAUUCUUUCAAAACGAUUACUUCUAACCUCAACAGAGGACCUGAAAAAAUUGUUUGUUCGAACUCGUUAUCUUUUACGGCAGUUCAAAACUACGCAAAGAGCAAAGACAAAGGAAAAGACAAAAAGGGUAAAGGUGCGAAGGUUGAGAUUAACGAAGCCGUGAUAUCAGAGCUUGUUCCUGUUGAGAAAAUGAGGGAUCGAUGUAACGCCGCUAUAGACAAAAUGAAAGAUGAAUUCGCCAAAAAUUUGUCGCUCCGCUCAACAACUGGUUCUAUCGAGACACUACGUAUAAAAUUUGAAGGAAAAGAUUAUGAAUUACAAGAACUCGCUCAAAUUGUAAGAAAAAAUCCUAAGACUAUGGUAAUAAACUUUGGGUCGUUUCCACAAGCUAUACCAAAUGCUCUAAAAGCGAUACAGGGUUCUGGACUAAACCUUAAUCCCCAGCAAGAUGGUACUACAUUAUAUGUUCCUGUGCCUAAAGUGACGAAGGAACAUAGGGAAGCGUUAGCAAAGAAUGCUAAGGCUCUGUAUAUAAAAUGUAGGGAUUCUAUGAAAGACGUUCAAAAUGAGUUCCUGAAAAAGAUUAAGAGACAAACUAACACUUCUGAGGACCUUGUUCAUAGUGUAACAAAACAAAUAAGUGCAAUAUGCGAUGAAUACCAAGGGCAAGCCAAAAAUAUCUAUGAAGUUAAACACAAUGAACUUGUUGGGAAAUAA